CUAGCGGAGGACAGGCAAAGGUCUACGCCCAUUUCGGCCCUCCAUAUACGCGGUGCAUGGAGGGAAACUAAAAUUAUAUACCACAUAGACGACGAAGAAACCCCGUAUUUAGUCAAAAUUCCCAAAGCCCCCGACAAAGUCACGUUAUCCGACUUCAAGAAUGUUCUCAAUAGGCCCAGUUAUAAAUUCUUUUUCAAGCUAUGGACGACGAUUUUGGGGUAGUAAAAGAAGAAAUUAUAGAUGAUGAUGCUCCUCUUCCAUGUUUUAAUGGCAGAGUGGUGUCCUGGAUCGUGUCUGCUGAUAGUAGUGUAGUUUCAGAUAAUGUUUCACAAUGCGGCGAAGGCGAAAGUGGUCGGCCGCCUCCUUAUCACCAUGGGGACACAACAAGUCACUUGGAAGAUUCUACUUGUACAGAAACAGAAAGCAUCAUGUCUACCAGAAGAGGUAAGUGUCUCUUAUAUGUGUAUUAAAAGUAUUAUCUAUAUUUUCUCUAUACCAUUGGC